AUGGCGAUCGAUAAACAUGGAAGGGACACUGUGCAGGCAGCCGAAGCUGCCCACGCCCAAGCUGUCGUCAAUGCCGCCACCGAGAAGCUCGAAGAAGAUCAGUGCGAGGAGGCCUCCCCUUCACCAGCUGAACAGACUGAGCUCACGGAGGAUAUGUGCUAUGACCAGCUGGGUUACUCUUUCAGUGAAACCAAGAAAUGGACUAUCAUCACCGUGAUUUUCCUGGUCCAAGUUUCGAUGAACUUCAACACAUCACUUUACUCCAAUGCCCUCGGAGGUAUCUCCGAAGAAUUUGGCGUCUCCAUGCAAGCCGCGCGAUGCGGUGCCAUGAUCUUCCUCGUCCUCUACGCUUUCGGAUGUGAGCUCUGGGCCCCAUGGAGUGAGGAGCUGGGUCGCAAGCCCAUCCUCCAGGCUUCGCUGUUCCUUGUCAACGUUUUCCAACUCCCCGUCGCUUUGGCUCCCAACUUCGCCUCUAUCAUGGUGGGUCGUGCCCUCGGAGGUCUUUCCUCUGCUGGUGGCUCGGUCACACUGGGUAUGAUCGCCGAUAUGUGGGAGCCCGAUUCCCAGCAAUACGCCGUGGCCGCCGUCGUCUUCUCCUCCGUAGGUGGAUCUGUUUUGGGUCCUGUCGUUGGUGGUUUCGUCGAGGCCUUCUUGCCGUGGCGAUGGGCUAUUUGGAUCCAGUUGAUCUUCGGUGGUUUCGUGCAGAUCCUCCACUUCUUCAUGGUACCCGAGACCAGAACCACUGUGAUGAUGGACAAUAUUGCGAAGAAGAUGCGUAAAUCUGGCGAGAACCCUCAGAUCUACGGCCCCACUGAGGGCAUGUCCUUCCGCGAACGCUUCCCGCCUUCGGAGAUUAUGGCCACCUGGAUUCGUCCUUUCAAGAUGUUCCUCACCGAGCCCAUCGUGUUGGUGCUUUCUCUUCUCAGUGGUUUCAGUGAUGCUCUGAUUUUCAUGUUCAUUCAAUCUCUUGCUCUUGUAUACGACCAGUGGGGCUUCAACACUUGGGAGAAGGGUCUUGCCUUCAUUCCCAUUGUCAUCGGUUACUUCAUUGCAUGGUUCUCAUUCUUCCCGGUCAUCAAACGCAACAUCAAGGAGCGAAAGGAUCACCCGGAGAGCGAGCGUGCUCAGUAUGAGUCUCGUCUUUGGUGGUUGCUGUACACUGCGCCCUGCUUGCCCAUCGGUCUCAUCGGUUUCGCCUGGACCAGUUUGCCCACUACCCACUGGAUUGGUUCCAUGAUCUUCGCUGCCAUCAUCGGUAUUGCCAACUACGCUAUCUACAUGGCCACCAUCGAUUACAUGAUCUGUGCCUACGGACCCUACUCCGCAUCGGCUACCGGUGGUAACGGAUGGUCGCGUGACUUCCUUGCUGGUGUUCUUACCAUUCCCGCCACACCGUUCUUCGAAAACAUCGGCGGCGAGAGGCACCUUGAAUAUGCUUCGACCAUUCUGUUCUGUAUCUCAGUCCCACUCGUCGUUGCUGUCUACAUCAUCUACUGGAAGGGUCCUGCACUGCGCAAGCGCUCUCCCUUCGCCCAGCAGCUCGAGGAUGCUCGUGUGCAACUGCACACCAACAUUGACAGCCGCCGUGGAUCAAAGAUUCCCGAGUCGUCUCGGGCAAACUCCUGGGCUCGCUCCCAGCAAGAUCUUCGCAUCCGCCCGAACAUGGGUAGCCGAGGCAACUCACGAGUCAAUUCGCGCGUCAAUUCGCAAGCCAACUCGCGUGUCGGUUCACGCCGCAACAGCACUAUCAACGCUUAA